AUGAAUCACGAAUUUAAAAGUGAACUAUGUCAACCAUCAGAUUUAUUUUUGGAUAAAAAUAAUGAUGUAUACAUUGUAAAUACGGGACAUGAUAUAAUUGAAAAAUUAAUUAUUGCAAAUAAAAGAACAGAAACUAUUGUUAACAUUAGUCAAGGAUUAAAUAAACCAUCAAGUUUAUUUAUUGAUAAUAAGUCAGAUGAUAUGUAUAUACUUGACUAUGUGGAUGUAGUCGAACAAUGUUACGUGUGUCUUUGUGGAAGAACAGAAUAUGAACGAUACAAAUAUCGCGUGAAAUACUUAUCACGAAACUCGUCGAUUGUGACAGUAAUUAUUAAAGGAACAGAUUUUCAGUCCUACAAUGACUAUGUAUUUAGAUAA